AUGAGCUCGAAUGUGAAUGCGACCGGCCAUGGCGGAAGCCACCACCCGAACCGGUUGGCCAAAGCAAAGAGCCCAUAUCUCUUGCAACAUGCGGAAAAUCCAGUUGACUGGUACGAAUGGGGACCAGAAGCCUUCGAGAAGGCCAAACGUGAGGACAAGCCCAUAUUCCUGUCUGUCGGAUAUUCGGCAUGUCACUGGUGUCAUGUUCUCGCCCACGAGAGCUUCGAGGACGAAGUGACGGCGAAGCUUAUGAACGAGCGCUAUGUGAACGUCAAGGUCGACCGAGAAGAACGACCUGACGUGGAUCGUUUGUACAUGACUUUCUUACAAGCCACGUCUGGCGGUGGCGGCUGGCCCAUGUCUGUUUGGCUCACCCCGGAUUUGCAUCCUUUCUUCGCGGGUACAUAUUUCCCAAAGGGCCAAUUCAGGCAGGCCCUUGAGAAACUGGCCAAUUUCUGGGAAGAAGAUCGUGAACGGCUUGUAGAGAGUGGCAAGGGCAUCAUCGAACAGCUGAAGAGCAGCUCGAAUGCAAGUAUAUGCUCACAGGUAUACAAACGAUUGGAACGGUUGUACGACAGUGUCCAUGGCGGUUUCGGUGGAGCACCAAAAUUUCCGUCUCCAUCACAGACCACCCACUUCCUUGCUCGGUUGGCAGCUCUGAACAUCGGAGACGAAAAGCUCAAGAGCGAGGCGUUAAAAGCUCGGGAUAUGGCCGUGCAAACUAUGGUUAAGAUUUACAAUGGAGGGAUUCGAGAUGUUGUGGGAGGCGGCUUCUCAAGAUAUUCUGUCGACGACCAUUGGCAUGUCCCACACUUCGAAAAAAUGCUGUACGACGAAGCCCAGCUUCUUUCAUCUGCCCUGGAGCUGGCCCAGCUUCUACCGAUCGAUUCCGUCGAGUGCAAGACUCUGGAAGCCAUGGCAAAUGACAUCAUCAUUUACGUCUCGCGAGACUUGCGCAACUCCGAGGGCGCAUUCUACAGUGCGGAAGACGCGGAUUCCCUCCCGUCGAGCGACAGCACGAUCAAGAAAGAAGGCGCUUUCUACGUUUGGACGUCUGCGCAACUGGACGAACUGCUCGGUGACAACUCGGAUGUGUUCAAAUUUCAUUAUGGAGUCAAAAGUAAUGGCAACUGCGACCCUAAACACGACGUACAGGGUGAGCUCAAGGGACAGAACGUUCUCUAUACCGCACAUACGGUAGAGGACACCGCUCGCAAAUUCGGAAUUCCAGCCGAACAGGUGCAAGUCACUUUGGACCAAUGUUUGGCCCAUCUCAAGCGGUAUCGAGACGAGAACAGGCCCAGGCCGCAUCUUGACGAUAAGAUUCUCACUUGUUGGAACGGGUUAAUGCUCUCCGGACUUGCGAAGGCGUCUGAAGUGCUGGAAGGGCAGGCCGCCAACGCUCUGAAGCUCGCCGAAGACUCGGCUGCAUUCAUCAAGAAAGAGCUCUACGACGAGAAGACAGGCGAGCUGCGGCGCAGCUAUCGUCAGGGGCCGGGCCCAACCGGCCAAGCCGACGACUAUGCCUUCUUGAUCCAAGGCCUGCUUGAUCUAUACGAGGCAAGUGGCAAGGAAGAAUACGUGACAUGGGCCAUCCGUCUUCAAGAGAAACAGGACGAACUUUUCCACGACACGGAGGGCGGCGGGUACUUCGCUUCGGCGCCCGAUCCGCACAUUCUAGUCCGCAUGAAGGAUGCUCAGGAUGGUGCCGAACCAAGCGCGGUGUCUGUCACGCUGUACAACCUGAAUCGGCUCGCACACUUCGCCGAGGACCGUCACGGAGAGUACCGGGAAAAGGCCCAGAGCAUCCUCCGAUCCAACUCCCAGCUGCUCGAACACGCCCCCUUCGCGUUGGCGACCAUGGUCAGCGCGGCUCUGACGGCGCAGCGUGGCUACAGACAGUUCAUCGUCUCCGGCGAAGCGAGCAACUCGGACACGACGCGGUUCCUGCAUGCCAUCCGGCACACCUUUGUCCCCAGCAGAGUGCUGAUCCACCUCGAUCCCCAGCGACCGCCGCGGGAGCUCGCGAAGCUGAAUGGUACGCUGCGGGCGUUGAUGGACGACUCGGCGAAUGCGAGGCCGAAUGUCAGGCUUUGCGAGAACUUCGCCUGCGGCUUGCCGAUUUAUGACCCGAAAGAGCUCAAGCUUGCGUGA